AUGGCUCUUCAAGCUCCCAACUUAUUUGUCACCGAGCCAAUUCCAUCAGGCCAUGUCCGAUUCAAGACGUCAUUGGGCCCGAUCGAAAUCGAGCUGUGGCCACGGGAAACUCCUCUAGCUUGCCGAAAUUUUGUUCAACUUUGUCUGGAAGGCUAUUAUGAAGGUUUGAUAUUUCAUCGAAUCGUACCUGGCUUUAUCGUUCAAACAGGGGAUCCAACUGGAUCCGGAAGUGGAGGUGAAUCCAUUUACGAUGAAGGGACUUUCAAUGACGAAAUCAAUGCACGUUUAAAAUUUACGAGGAGAGGACUUGUCGCCAUGGCCAAUUUAGGAAGUCCGAACACCAACACAUCCCAAUUCUUCGUUACACUGGAUCGGACAGAAGAAUUACAAGACAAGCAUACCAUCUUUGGAUCCGUGAUCGGAGAUACCAUUUACAAUGUAAUGAAACUUGGCGAAGUGGAGAUUGACAAGAACGAGCGCCCGAUUCAUCCACCCAUAAUCAAGAGCGUCGAGGUGAUUGACAACCCGUUUCCAGAUAUCGUGCCCCGAAUCACUUCUGCUCAACGUAAAGAACAAGCCAAAGCUCGAAAGGAAGCCAAGAAGGAGAAACAGAAGGAGAAAAUGCUUGCAAAACACAAGGCAUUGGGCCAAGUUGAGUCUAAUUUUGGUUGGUUGCUUGUCUAUGUCGAAAAUAAAGGAUUGCUUUCGUUCGCCGAGGAGGAGAGGCUCACGGAGACCUCGGAUGGCUCCAAGAACCGCAAACUGAAAAGCGCUCAUGAUCUUGAAGCAUCAUCACAACUCUCACAAGCAGUCCUAGACCAAAGACCUUCGCUCAAUCAGCUGAACUUGCCCGAAAAUUUCAAGUCGACGCUUCCUGCAACAAUACCAGAAAAUCCCUUGAAAGUUCAUGAAGCUCUUCGUGCCGUUGUUGGACGCGAACGUUCCGGCCCGUCUGAAAGUGGCAAAACAAAUACCAAAGAGAGUCCAGUUGAUGAUUCUUCCAACAAAAAGGGCAAGGGCAAACAUGAAAAAAAAUCCAAAGAAUCAAACACAGAGCUUAGUGCAGCCGAUCAAGUCAAAGCUGAUAUCAUCAAGAUGCAAGCCGAGUUGAAGAAGAUGUCCAAACGACAUGAUUCCGAUUCAGACAGCGAAGAAGACAAAACGAAAGGCAAGACCGAGAAAACACAGAAACGGAAAGUUACACACGAUGGCCACUCGUUACUUGAGGAAGAAAGGAAGAAAUACAAGGCUCGAGCAGGCGAUAAGAAGACGGCAGGCCGUGGGGCUGCCAGCGAGGCCGAGUCGAUUCUUGACAGCUUUAGGAGGAAGCUUCGGGAGGCAAAGCCAUUGACUAAACCGGCUGAAGAGGCAGAGCGUGUCGACGGAUAUGCGGGCGAAGUUGAUCCUACUCAGGAUGGCGUGUUGGGAGAUGUAGAUGGAGACGAUGACGGAUGGAUGGCCCAUACACUGCAAUUCAGGAAAGAUGCUACAGCCGAUCUUCACAAAGUAGAUGAAUAUGCAGUCAUCGAUCCCCUGCGGGAAAGAAAGCUCACCCUCGAUGAACUCGAGGCAAGAAAGAACGAGAAGCGAUUUGACAAUCGCCCCCAACCUCGCAAUUCUGACCGGCGCAAAAAGAAAUAA